AUGGCACCUUUGCCAGUCAUUGCCUGCGGCGGCACCAGCCCACAGGUUUUCAACGCUGUCAAGCCUCUUUACUUGCCUGAGUACGAAAUUAUACAUAAUGUCACCACCAGUGCCUCCGGGGCAGUCGAAAUACCCCUCUUGCUGCAGGGACAGGCCCUUCCCCCUACUGAGCAGCCCAAGCGCGGCACCAUGGACUAUUCCAAGCCGCCCGUGGCUGUGUUUGCCGGGGCUUUGUACGGCGAUAGUGAAAUCCAAGAGAUGCGUCAGGCAUGCCAAGGGCUCAGUUCUGUACCUUGGUUGAGGAUGGAUAUGGCGGUGCCUAAACCGCCGCUGGGACCGGGGUAUGCGGAGCAUGUCGUGAAGAGAAUAAAAGCAUGUAUGAAAAAGAUCGAAGCCGAGGGAAAGCUGGAAGAAGAUGGGGUGUGGUUCUAUUGA